AUGGCGUCUUUUAUCAAGUCGGAGCACUUCGAGACCUACUCGGGCGUGUCUCCCACCCUACUCCGGGACGAAUUCCGAGGCAAGACCGUCUUGCUGACCGGAGGUGGCUCGGGAAUCGGAACAACCAUGACUCGUUCCUUUGCCGAGGCCAACGUUGCCAAAAUCAUCCUCACGGGUCGGACAGAAUCCACCUUAGUGGAAACUUCCACAGGCCUUCGCACCGAUUUUCCAGAGUUGGAGGUCUCAUACUAUGUCGCAAGCGUAUCUUCCCCAGACCAAGUUGCCGCCAUCUUCGCCGCCAUCGAGAUCUCCCCCGACGUUCUAGUCAAUAAUGCUGGCUACUUGCCAGAGCCGGGUGGCUUCGUCGAGGCUGAUCUGGAAGACUGGUGGCAGGCAUUCGAGACCAACGUUUUUGGAACAGCGAUCAUGACGCAAAUGUACCUCCGACAUCGAAGGGCGCGCCGCGUGGAAGCUCCCGGUGUGAUCAUCAAUGUCAACACCAGGGCGGCCUACGAGACGCAUAUGACUGGGCUAAGCGGUUAUGGAGCGAGCAAGGCAGCGGUGUUGAGACUGGCAGAAAUCAUCACUGAUGAUGUACCAGCAUUGGAAGCGCGGAUAAUCUCGCUCCAUCCAGGCGCAGUGAGAUCAGCCAUGCUCACAAAGUCGAGACUGCAGCGGCCGCUUACGGACGUGAAGCUCACAGCAGAUUUCGUAGUAUGGGCAGCCUCGGAGAAGGCAGCCUUCCUCAAUGGGCGAUUUGUGUGGGUGAAUUGGAAUGUCGAUGAAUUGGCAUCAUGGAAAGACAUGAUUAUCGAGAGAGAUCUGUUGAGAACUAGUAUGAAAGAGUCAUAG